AUGAGUUUGGUUCGAGAUUUGCUGGGGUUCACCCCCCAGACCGCGCAGGGGGUUCUCCAAUUGAAUGAGCGACUCUUGCUCCACGAGGCUGCAGUCCCAGCGCCGCCGGCCUCUUCGCUGCCGGAGGUGGGUGCAGCGGCCAGCACGUCGGGGAAGGAGCGCAGCAUGAACACCGCCGUUCUCUUCGCCGCCAAGUCUCCUCUCGGAUCCGCUGGAACAGAGAAACUCGCGAAGAACGGCGGUCUGGCCAGGGACUUCCGAGCUGCAGUGAUCGGCGGUACGACCGCUCUGCCUUCGCUGCCCGCCGUGAUGCACAGACCUCGCGCGAAACGUGGCCAGGAACGACGCCCAGUGAGCAAGUGGCGCAUGUGCGCGUUCUCGAACGGCGCGCGGCAAGAUGGUCUUUGCCUGGCGCACUGGCGGAAGGUAACCGAGCAGCAGGCGCGUCAACUCCAGCAGCAAGUCUCUGCGCUGCAUGCGAAGCACGGCGCCUCCCAGGCCUCCGAGAGCCCCGCGAAGGAAGAAGCCGUGAAAUCCGAGGCCGGCUCUGCUGCCGGCGCUGAAGGCGAGCAAGAACACGACGCGCAGAACCAGACGCGCCGUCUCUCUUUCCAGGACAAGCUCCUCGCCUUUCUCCUCACUCCAGAGAAGGAGUACCCUUUCGCCAGGUUCAACGUAAAGACAGUGCAGCCCCCCCUCACUGCAGAUUUGUACGAAAAGUACAUUCAGCCUCUGGACAACUCGUGGAGCGCAGAAGAAACGUUUCAGCUCUGGCAUUUGGUGCAUGAAUGCGAUCUUCACUGGCCUGUCAUCUUCGAUGCUUUCCCCGCCUCUUUCGGCCGAUCCGUCGAAGAACUGAAACAAAGAUAUUACGCCGUUGCCAAAAGCUUCGUGGCCGAGUGUCAGCGAAGGCUGCUGCUCGAGCGCCAGCAGCGCAUCGGUGCCGAGGAGCUCCAAGCUGAGCAAGCGCUCCAGUCCCAAAUUCGAGCCGCAGAGGGGAAAUUCAAGAAAAUCGGAAAGGCGCGAGAAGAACAAAGGAAACUGCAAAGGCGAUUUGACCUCCCUCCGGACGCCGCGCCUCCGGUCUCGGCGACCGACUUCCUCGAGCUAAAAGAGCCGACUUGCGUGACGCUCAGUGUGCUGCUAGAGGAGACGAAGAACUCGCGCGUCUCCGAGAAGGGAAACGCGCUGAUCGACAGCUACCUCUCUUCUCUAGGAGUUGCGCCGCCCGUCUGCUUCACGUACAACAUCGCCGAGAGUUACUGGGGUUUGCGCACGGAGGUUUCGACGAUGUUGCACCUGCGGCAGCGCGUGGAAAAACUGAAGGAGGAACUGAACUACUGGACCACUGUGACGGCGAAUCUCCCCCCGCUGCCGGUUGCUGGCGCCGCCCUCCUCACCUCGCCUGACGCUCGCCACGGGGCCGCGCAUGCACCGGGCGGAAAGCCCGUGGGGUCGCUGCAGGCGCAGUUCUACCCUCGGCAGAGCGCGCAGGCCGCCGACGGCAGGGAGCGGAACGGCCCAGAAGGCUCGCCGCAGCCACCGUCCCGCGACGCUGCUUUCCCGCCCCAAGGCGCGUCUCGAAGCCCGUCGGUGGCGAGUGGCCAGAACCCGGACAGCGCGCGCACGCGUCCGAACGCUUCUCUCCCGGCUGCGUCUUCUGUCUCCGCGUCUUCUCCGUCGCCGCACAGCGCCUCGCCCUCACCGCCUCCGCGCCCCCAACCCCACGUCGCCAGCGGCGCUUCCCACCCUGCGGCUCUGCCUCCGACCGCCGCGCCGACGCACCCCGGCCUCGGCCAGUCCCACGACCCUGCGGCGGGCGCCGCCGCGAUGCAUGCGGCCUCACACUACCCGGUGAACGCCCCCGGCUCGGCGGUCUCUGCCGGCGCCUUCGCGCACGCGCAGAACGCGCACUCCCGCGGGCUGGUUCCCUCGCCGCAGCUCCACCGGCCUGGGGGCUCUGCGCCUGGCGCGGCCGGAGAGUCCGCCCUGGCCUACGGGGGCGUGGCUGCAGGGAUGCAUGCAGACCGCGACGAGCGGCCGUCGCCCCUCGCGGGUGUCUCCGCGGGCCUCGCCCAGGGUUUCCAGUCCUUCCCCUCGCACUUCCAGUCUGCGGGCUUUCAGGCUCCGCAGUUCGCGCCUGCGCAGCCGCGCGCGGCGUUUCCGCAGAUGCUCGCGCACGGCGAAGGCGCCCACCAGAGCCCCGACGCAGGCCUCGGACUCCCGAGUGUCUCUUGGGGCGUCGCCCACUCAGAGGGGACGGGGAUGGCGCCCGUUUCGGCGGGGCAGAUGGCCCAGAGCCCAGCCAUGGGCGAAGGCAUGCAGAGCCCGUACGGGAGCCAACUGGGCGCGGCGGGCGUGAACAGAGGAAACAUGCGGCCUGGGCAAGCUGGACCUCCACAGCAGAGCAAGCCUCCGCGUUCGCGCAGCCGCUCUUCCUCUGCUUCUGCGGGCUCUCCGUAUCCGUCGGCGAUGGCGCUUUCGCCGUCUGGGCCGUCGGGCGUCCCGUUCGGGCAGUCUGCGUCUCCGAGCCAGGCGCUUGGAUCCUUUGCGGACCCGAAAGACGCGGCGCACGCGCGGCCACGCGCCGAGAGCGGGAACCGCGCCGCCAAGAAGCCGCGCUCGGCGUCGCGGAAGGCUCAGGCGGUCCCGGCCGCCCUCUCGGGCUACGCGAGCCUCCCGGCCCAGCGCGCCAUCCAAGGUCCAGCUCAGGGAGGCGCCGGCGCCGAGGGCCUUCGGGGCGGAAUGCUGGCGCCUGCGGGGCCCGAGCCGAACGCGACGCACCACCAGCCUGGGACGAUGCAUGCGCUCGACAUGAGUGGAAUGGAUCACGGCUUGCCAAUGUCCGGCGCGGGCGGGCUCCCCGGCGCGAUGUAA